AUGGGGCCGGGAGGCCUCCUCCUGUUGCUCUUGCAGGUCCUUGUCCUGCCCAAGGCCUCGGAGGGUCCCCACUCCCUGAGGUAUUUCUCCACCGCGAUGUCCCGGCCCGGCCCCGGGGAGCCCCGCUUCAUCGCCGUGGGCUCCGUGGACGACACGCAGUUCGUGCGGUUCGACAGCGACUCUCCGGGUCAGAGUGGGGAGCCGCGGACGCCCUGGGCGGUGCAUUUGGGUCCGGAGUACCGGGACAGGAACACCAGGACCUACACGGCCACCGCGCGGGCUCUCGGCGAGGGUCUGGACACCCUGCGCGGCUCCUACAACCAGAGCGCGGCGGGCUCUCACACCCUCCAGGGGAUGUCUGGCUGCGACUUGGGGCCCGACGGGCGCCUCCUCCGCGGGUACAGCCGGUUCGCCUACGACGGCGCCGAUUACCUGGCCCUGAGCGGGGACCUGCGCUCCUGGACCGCGGCGGACACGGCCGCUCAGAUCACCCGGCGCAAGUGGGAGGCGGCUGGAGACACGGAGCAGGAGAGGAACUACCUGGAGGGGGAGUGCUUAGAGUGGCUGCGCAGGUACCUGGAGAAGGGGAAGGAGACGCUACAGCGCGUGGACCCCCCAGAGACACACGUGACCCACCACUCCAUCUCUGACCAUGAGGUCACCCUGAGGUGCUGGGCCCUGGGCUUCUACCCUGCGGACAUCAACCUGACCUGGCAGCGAGAUGGGGAGGACCUGACCCACGACAUGGAGCUGGUGGAGACCAGGCCUGGGGGGGACGGAACCUUCCAGAAGUGGGCGGCUGUGGUGGUGCCUUCUGGAGAGGAGCAGAGAUACACGAGCCACGUGCAGCAUGAGGGGCUGCUGGAGCCCCGACUCCUGAGAUGGGUGCCCCCGCCUCAGCCCUCCAUCCCCACUAGGGGCCUCAUUGCUGGCCUGGUUCUCCUUGGAGCUGUGCUCACUGGAAUUGCGGUGGCUGCAGCUGUGAUGUGGAGGAAGAAGCACUCAGAUGGAACAGGCGAGAGCUACACUCAGGAUGCAGGCAGUGACAAUGCUCAGGACUCUGGUGUGUCUCCCCCUUCUCCUAGAGUUUUAUUUUGGAGCAAUGGAAGAUUUAUUCCGGUCUCAUGUGAUGACUGCCAAGAUCCUCUGACUUUGUGUCCUCUACAUAGACGCUACCUGUGUCUGCAUUCCCAAUAGCAUAAAAUGAGGAGGUGGGAGACUGGCCCACCAGGACCUUCCCCACACUGACCUUCCCUGAUGGACUUUCUCGUUAUAGAGAAGGCGAGGCUGGGCCAUCUACAUCCCUGCCUUAACUUCCCAUUGUUCUGAGCUGCACUUUGUUACUUUCUUAUUGAAUUUGGUGCGAUUUUGUUUUGUUUUGUUUUUUUAACUGGGAAAUAUGUGACUGAAAGGUUAAUAAAGGAGAAAACUCCUGAAUUUGAGAAUGCAGAUGAAGGGAGCACAAGAGCUUUCCUGUGUUUGCUGUGCUGAGUCUCUGCAGGUGGGGGCGGGAGAGGCUAUGAGGAGCCGAAGGUACAGGGCCUUUGUUUAGUAGGUGCUUUGAAGUGGUCCCUCCUCAAGGGUCAUCUCUCUGCUCCUUUGUCGUUGUCCUUCAGUAGCUCCUAUCCCAGCAGGACCUGUGAUCACAGGGACUCAGACCCCACAUGGGCCUGUCCUGUCUCCAAGGUUGUGGGCAGUGAGGACUUCAUGUGGGCAAGUCAGCCUAGAUCAGGCCUGGGUGUGGCACUCAGUACCCAACUUUGGGAGUUUCUUUAUGGUAUCUUUGUUUCUGUGUGCCCUUAUUUUUGUUUAUGUUCAGAGUUCUGGUCUCAUUCUUCUCUGGGUGUCCUCAGACAAUGCAGGAGUCAUUUUGCCUGUUAUUGGCCCCACAAGACCUAGGGCAGCUCCUGCACACAAUUUCUGAGGUAAUAAGAGAUGAAUUUUCAGACUCCUCCAGCUCUUGCCCUCCUUCUAGGGCUUGAUUGUUCUUUUCACCUUUCUCCACCAUCCUCAAAGGAACCAGAUUCAGGAAUAAGCAGAGAGGACAGACCCCAUAAUUUCUUAUCUUAGAUAAGUUUCUGGUGGAAUUCUUCUGGUCCACUCAUUCACUUCUCUCUCUGUCCUCUGCUCCUAUAAUCCUGUUGGGUUGGAAAAGAACCUGUUAGUCCAGGAUCAUUGUUUUCUGAAGAAAUAUACUCAGGUGUUGUGGUUGGUGCAGGAGGGUUGGCGUGGGAGUGGGAGAGGGAGGAAGGGAGGGAAGAGGAACAGCACUUGUGAGAAAAACAGAGGCAGCAUUGAUGUCAAUGUGGGUGCUGUAGCUGCCACAGAACUUGGUCUGCAGCUCCAUGAACAAGAUGUGCUGCCCUAUUGUGCAGGUUCCCACUCUACACUGAUCACUCAACUGAUGGUGGUUGAGUGUGGGAUAAUGUGACACAGCUUUUGUAUCCAACAUCACUGGCGUAAAGAUAGAAACAUUGCUGGCCUUGUGGAGCAUGAGCUCUGGUGGGGAGAGAUGGACCAUGUCCUAGAAGCAUAGCUAAUCAGGAAAUGUUCAUGUUAAAAGGGUAAGUGCUGUGGAAAAAAUGUCACAGGGAAUGGGAUCCAGAGCAUGGGGGGUGGAGGGAGAAGGAAGAUAGCUGCUUUUUUGUUUGUUUGUUUUGCUUUUGGUUUUAGUCUAAAUCUGCCCUU